UUACAGCAUCCAUGUUUUUAAGAAGCACGUGAACAAGCAGUGAUUCUGUUUCAGAUGGGACUUUUUAAACUGAUGAUGAAGAUUAGAGUAGAUUUAGUUGAUUAUUAAUCGUAAAUAAGGCGACAGUUGUGUCAUCGAGCAUAUUUCAGAAGAGGUCAGAAAAACUGGAGUGCAGUGCUCAUUCAUAAAAAAGGUUAUACUGCCUGAAGACAGAGUGUGUGUGAUAAAGUGCGUGACAGAAAACAGCAGAGCAGUGUUGACGUUUAACUGAAGAUGAAGAACGACAGACUGAAGAGUUGGAAGGAGGGAAAGUAUGUGGGGGGAGUGGAAAAAGAAGACGAGUACCCGAGUCUGCUGUCGUCCUGCGGCUGAGGUGCUUCAUGUUGAGACAGGCAGAGGAAACAGGAGACAUGAGGAACGCUCAGCCGGUCUGAACCAGUAUGACCGACAUGGCUCUGAACGCCACAUCAGCUGGGUGGACCAGGCCUGGUUGUCCAAUGGUCUCUGUCGCUAUGGCAACAGUGUGGAGUGUUGCUGGGGCUGGAGACAGAUGGACGGAGGACGUUGUCAACCUCACUGUCAGCAGGGCUGUAAACAUGGAGAGUGUGUCAGACCAGACAGAUGUAAAUGUCACCCAGGAUACAGCGGCAAGGCCUGUAACCAAGGUAACUGUGUGUGUGUGUGUGUCUUUACUACCACUACAACACCUGUUACUACACCUGUUACUACCACUACUACACUUGUUAUUAUUACUACACCUGUUACUACCACUACUACACCUGCUAUUUUUACUACACCUGAUACUACGACACCUGUUCCUACAACACCUGCAGCUACACCUGAUACUACUACAGUUGCAACUACGCUUGAUACUACUCCUACACCUGUAACUACACCAGAUACUACUACACCUGCAACUACACCUGAUACUACUACUACAUCUGAGACUGAACCUGUAACUACACCAGAUACUACAACUACACCUGUAACUACACCUGUAACUACACCUGAUACCACACCAACACUGCCCACCACCAUCUCCAUGGUAACGACUACAUUGAACAACAGGCUCAACAAGGACGUGACACUCAAGCAGAGAGGAGACGUGCACAUCCCUCGAAAUCCCAACCUCAACCAGGUAUGGGAGUUUGAUAUCGAGCUCGGAAACACAGCUGACGACGCCAGAGACGAUCCUGAGGCUGGUGUGCUCCACUGUACCUUUGACCACGGACUCUGUGAUUGGUUGUCAGACAGAGAGGGAGAUCUUCACUGGGAAACUUCUCAUAACCCUGAAGGUGGACAAUACCUGUCCGUCCCAGAGCUGAAGGCGGGACAGAGGAGCAUCCGCGGUGCCCGAUUGGCUGUCCAAAUCGUCCCACCCUGGAGCCAUGGCGACCUGUGUUUCUCCUUCUCCCAUUGGCUAACGGGGCAUCAUGUGGGCGUGCUGCAGCUGUACAUCAGGAAAAGAGGACGAGGUCAAAGAUAUAGCCCCGCCCUUUGGAGCAGGACAGGUGGGCAUGGCUGGAGACACACCCAGGUUACCUUGACAACACAUCCUCUGGACAAGGUGUUGUUAAAGGCAGAGAGACGACUGGGACAGCGAGGACAGAUCGCUGUCGAUGAUGUCACUCUGAGGCAGGGGGCGUGUUGAUGACAUCACCUGGCGCUGAGUGGUCAUCGCUGAGCGAAGUGAAUUUAACCACCUACGUUUUGUACGGUGUAAAGAACCGAGCAGCUUCAGGUGAAACAUUUAACCCUGAAACUUUCAAAGUUCAUCGCUGAGAUUUAAUGUUUGGAAAUGUAAAAAAAGUCUUAAAUUAAAUAUGUGAUAAUUUACAAAGACUUCCAAAACAUAAAUGUGAAGACGAGAGAAAGUGUCGGAAUCUAGAAGAAAGUCGUAAUUUAAACGAGAGAACAUUUUUAUAUUCCAACAAUAAAUAGUCGUAAUUUAAUAAGAAUCAAGUCAUAAUUCAAUCAGAAAGAAGUCAUGAUAUUACUAACCUAAAACAACGACUCUCAUAAAAUUAUACUUUAAUAUCAUAAAAUUACAACUUUAUUUGAGUAAAACUAUGAAUUAAGUCAUUGAAAAAAUGUCCUUCACUGAAUAAAACCAGGUUCAAUCUUCUUGAUUCUUGUUGUUGACGUUUUAGAGUCACAGGUUUUUACAGAGGAGACUUUCAUCGAUCUGUUUUCAUCUCAUCAGCAAAUAUUGUCAAUGUUUUUCAAAAUAAA